GCAGCACAAGGCGCGAGAUAAAGAUGGCGGCGACGGUGGGGGAAACAGCGUGAUAUGCUGAAGUAGUGGCACUGAACCAGAGUACUACCACUGUAUAAAAUGGAUAACAUGUCGCAGUAGGUGUUUACUGGUAAUACCAAGUACUACAAACUCACCGUAACCCCCCCACCCCCCCCUUUCCCCCGAGAGAGCAUUCAUCCUGUGAUUGUGGAGAAAUCACCGGGAGAGCAUGGCUUCUGCGCACAGUAACCAGUACAUCUUCGGGGAGUUCAGCCCGGAUGAGUUCAAUCAGUUCUUUGUGACUCCCCGUUGUUAUGUUGAGCUUCCCCCCUUCAAUGAUAAAGUCUCCUGCGUCAGUCAUCCCUCAGGAGGUUACUGCACUCCUGCUGUGCCUUACAUAACGGAAUCAUUGAGACGGCAGGUUUGCGGAGACGACUACCAGCAUAUAGAGUUUGGCGUGGAUGAGGUAAUGAAUGCAGAGCCAGUGGCAAUGAAAGACUCUCUGUACAAAGUGUCUAGCAUUCUUAAUCCUCAGGCCCCUGAGUUCAUCUUAGGCUGCCAACCAUCUCAGAUGGCCCUUCCCUCAGCCUCGCCGGUUGCUGAUAUACCAGAUGGCGCAGAUUUCAACUCCCUGUGCUGCGACAACUCUGAGACUUCAGUCCUGGGCAUCCAUCAGACCUGCUCUGACAUGGAUGGGGUUUCUGGUGGCUUGGGACAACGAAAGAAAAAGAAAAAACGGCCACCGGGAUACUAUAACUACUUGGAAGGUUGCAACAUUAACAGCACUGGUCUAGCUGCAGAAAGCAUUGGGGGGUCGGGGCUGGUAAAUGGACACACUCCAAAUGCUCCGGGCUCAGAGGACAUGUUGGGGGAUGAGCACAUUCCUCCUGCAACAUGCGCAUUAUCGAAAGCCCAAAAUGCCCCUACUAGGACUUGUGAUAGCCCUGACAAUUCAUCGUUGGACUUGUCAAGCAGAGAUGCCUCUUUGUCAGACAGAAACGGAGCAGCUUCUUUGUCUACUUCAUCUUCGUCCUCUCAAAGCAGUGGGGUGGCACAGAGUGCCAGGACUGCAGAGCAGCAUGCAGAACACCUAGCUCUGGAGAGCACAGUACUCUUUGGUAAUGGAGGUCAUAGCCCUUCUCCACCAUCUCCCAUUCCCCCCUCUGCUGCUGUGGCCAGCCCCACUGCCACCACAAUUCCUGCAACUACUGAUGAGGGGGUGGCCGAGGGCUCAGGGGAGGCUAACGGGCUGCCAGAGAUGGCCCCGGCUGCUGGAGCCACAGACAUACUCAAAGACUCGUCUGAAACAGGCAAGGAGCGGUCUGCCUCUGUCACCCUUCUUCCCUUAGACUGUGAAGUCCAGCCGGUAGUCUCGGCCGCUCCCCCUGCAGCACCUGUUUGCAAUCCCCCAAAAUCCUGGGCCAGCCUCUUUCACAACUCCAAGCCUCUGCCUGGAGGUCCUCAAGCGUAUGUUGAGGUUAAGAGCGUGCCUGCAGUGGUUGCGCUCACCCCGGCUGCCACAGAGUUGCCUGAGAAGCCCAGCGAAGUGCGCGAGGGCCCCGUGUCUGUGUCUGAAGACCCUAUGUCCCCAAAGUUGGCAGAACUAAUCGAGAAUGUGAAGUUGAUACACAAACCAGUGUCUUUGCAACCAAGAGGACUGAUAAACAAGGGAAACUGGUGCUAUAUCAAUGCUACCCUGCAGGCCCUGAUUGCAUGUCCCCCCAUGUAUCAUCUGAUGAAGUCUAUUCCCCUUUUUAGCGAGACGCAGAGACCCUGCACAUCCACACCCAUGAUGGAUAAUUUUGUCCGGCUUGUGAACGAGUUCAGCAAUAUGUCCGUCUCUUCCAAGAUCAAACUGCAAGCUGCUGGAGAGAAGAUGAUAAAAGACAUAAAACCAGGUGUUCCUUUUGAACCCACAUAUAUCUACAAACUCCUCACCCUCAUCAAAUCAAGCCUUUCUGAGAAGGGUCGUCAGGAGGAUGCGGAGGAGUACCUUGGUUUCAUACUAAACGGACUGCAUGAGGAAAUGUUGGCACUGAAGAAGCUUAUCUCUCCACAGGAUGAGAAAGCCCCCACACCAAACGGCCCUGAGUCUCAGCCUGGUGUGGAAGAAGACCCUGCUGAGAAAAAGGAAGAGGGCAGUGAGGAUGAGUGGGAGCAAGUUGGACCCAGAAACAAAACAUCCAUUACCCGUCAGGCAGACUUCAUCCGCACUCCCAUCACAGAUAUAUUCGGAGGCCACAUCAGAUCUGUGGUAUACCAGCAGAGCUCAAAAGAAUCUGCCACCCUGCAGCCCUUCUUCACGCUGCAGUUGGACAUCCAAUCAGAAAAGAUCCGCACAGUUCAGGAGGCCCUGGAGGUACUGGUGGCACGGGAGUCCGUUCAGGGCUACACCACUAAGAGCAAACAGGAGAUUGAGAUCAGUCGGAGAGUGACUCUUGAAGAGCUUCCUCCAGUGCUGGUGCUUCACCUCAAGAGAUUUGUCUUUGAGAAGACCGGUGGAUGUCAAAAACUGGUCAAGAAUAUCGAUUACCCUGUUGAUCUGGAGAUCAGUAAAGAUCUCUUGUCACAGGGGGUGCGGAGCAAAAUCUUUAAAGGCCAAAGAACCUACAGGCUCUUUGCAGUUGUCUAUCACCAUGGGAACAGUGCCACGGGUGGCCACUACACUACAGAUGUCUUCCACAUCGGUUUGAACGGCUGGCUGCGCAUUGAUGACCAGGCGGUGAAAAUUAUCAAUCAGCACCAUGUGGUGAAGCAGACUUCAGAGCGCACUGCUUACCUGCUAUACUACCGUCGAGUGGACCUGCUGUAGAAUCCAUACACGCACAAUACAAACAUGCACACAUUUACAUACAGACAUGCACACAAUCGCACACUAACACAUCCACACGUGUCUCAACAAGAACACUGCCCAACUUCACAAUUGUCCUUCCUCUUUCAACCCUGCUAUUCCAGAGAGCCAGCUUUUCCAACUUUUUUUUUUUUUUUUUCCGAAAAAGAAGACUACAACAAACGUAUCUAAAGACUUUCCCUGAAAUGGUGUCCGCCCCUCAACAUAUGACUUUGCGUGGGUCUGGAAGAGGAGAAAUGUUAGCACUGGAGAAGGCUCCAGUUUGGAGAGACGGACCUGAAACACUGCUAAUAUCCACAGCCUCGUGUUGACUGGCCCAAGUGGAUCCCCACCAAAAGAACCAGUUGAGGCUGAAAACUGAUGGACUGCUGGAGAAAAUCAUUCUUUUUCUUUUCUGUUUUUGUUUAAUCUACCUUUUUAAAUGGCAUAGAGAAAAAAUAGUGUUUUGCCUUUUAGCGAAGGGAGUUGUCGCCCUAAGUUGCAGCAGUUCAGUGGAGCCUGUUAAAUUGACAAGAGCAUAAAUGAGGCCCAGCACCAGCGAGCUACUGAAAUUUGUGUAGAUCUGUGAGUUUCUCGACUCUUCAAGCAAGACAUUCUACUUCAACUCCUCGUCCCCAUUUUGCUCACAAUCCUGACACUUUCAGAUCUAAAUUACAUUGAGUCAUGGAAAAGAUAGCGGGCUGGAGAAAGGGUGCUGCAGUGUGCUGAAAUGGGGGAAAUAAAAGCAAAACAAGACAAAAAAAAAAAACAUAAAAAUUGGCUGCUUUGUUUGAGAGAACCUCCUGUGAUUUUGGGUGUAGGAUUGAAAUGACUCUUACAAUUUUAAUGCGCUUUAGGAUAUACAAGAUUAAAAAAAAGCUUUGUGCACGAGAAAAUAUAAAACUGGUCAAUAAAAAUGUGGAUGUGCUUUUUGCACAUUUCUUGCAGAUAUUUACGUUUUAAAAAGUAUUAUAAAAAGGAAAUGCAAAAAUCUAAAUUUUGGUGACGAUCACCUUGAGCUCCCUGGGGGGGUUGCGCUUGAUCUUUAGGCUUUCUAUGUACUUUCUCACACACUUUAAUGCUGGUAAGAUGGCAGUGAUGUCUGAGAUUCCAUCAUGAACAUUAACAGAAUUAAAAUUUUAGGGCGAACUAUUCCAUUAGUGUACACAGCCUCGUGUCAUUCCAAACCCAUAUGACCCAUCUAUGAGGAACAAAAAAGAAUAUUUCAAGGAAGUUUCAGUCCAUCUUAUGAAUACAAUGCAACUGAUAGUGACUUGCUUUAAAGCUUAAAAAGGACCAAAAUGUGUCAAUCCAACUUGUGCGUCAUAUUACAAGUCCUCUGAAGGCAUAGAAUAGGUUUAGGACUUAAAACAUCAGAAAUUGUCACGUGAACUCCUGUGCGACUUUCUUUUUUUUGUUUUUUUUUUUCAGGCUCUUCAGAAAUCCUACGUAUGUCUUCAGAAGACUUAGAAUAUGAUGCAUGAGUUGCAUUGACUACUCAUGACACAUUUUGGUCCCUUUUAGGAUUUAGUCACUAUCAACUGCCAUUGUAUUGGAAAAAAUAGACCAGAACAUAAAUAUUCUCCUUUUGUUACGCUUAAGAUAGUCCUACUUGUUUGAAAUGUCAUGAGGGUAAAUUUUGAGUAGUAAAUUUGACAGUUUUAAUUUUUGGUGAGGUAUUCUUUUAACCCACAUUUAUUUUUGUCACAUUCUUCAGUAGUUCUUCUGUUAGUUUAUUACUGUAUCAUUUGAAUAAGUUAAUCAGCUUUCCGCUGCCUGCCUUUUGAUGUCAGUAGAGCAGCAAGAACUGAGCCACUCCUGCAAAGGUUAAAGGGAGAGCUGUAUUGAGACAGGUGUAUAAUAUGGUCUUCAUCCUAUUCUGUGUGUUAGCCCGCUCCAAGCAGUCAGCCUGUCAUUUACAUGUUGAGGCUUUGUGUGCAGCUCUGAGGAUAAUUAAAGAAUGGGCUGCAAGAAAUGUCUCUGAUGGCUGUGUUGUCACCAGAUGAGAGCCAACCUGUAUUCUGUUGAUUUUUGAUGGUGAUUUAUUUUUUUUUUUCUUUCUUAUCUCUCUUUAGUACCCUUCAAUUUGUUUCAUUUGAAUAGAUAUUUUGAAAGAAAAUGACCCAAGGUUAAAGCACAACAAUGAUUAAAGCUGUACGAGUACUUUGCUUGACCAUACAUUUUUCAUCUUACAUUUGUUUUAUUUAAAUUUGAGAUUUCCAUACAAUAAAAAUACAAUUUACAUGAAGAGCAUUUAUAUCCAUGAAAUAACUAAUGGUUUAACUGGCUUCUACCCCUUUUAUCUAAACCUCUAUCAAAAUCCUUAGUUCAUGUAAAGGAAUAGUUCUCCCAGAAAUUAAAGUCCUGCCUUUUCACCUUCAUGCCAUUCCGAACCUGUUCCAAAAGACAUAAGAGGUUUCAGUGAAUCUCAUGUCAGUCUUGUCAAGACAUUGUCAAUGGAUGUCUCACUUUAAAACUUUGAGUACCCCAAAGAAUCAUUAAAUUAAUCCUUACGACUAGUGUGUCAUAUUCCAAGUCUUCUAAAGGGAUACUAUAGGUUUCGGCAAGUAACGACCUGAAAUUUAAGUCACUUUUCAGUGUAAAUCUUGAUGUCUGUUGCAUGUUUAUGAGCUAUGAAAGAAGCUUGUUCAUAGUGGCUUUUGUUAUAGUGUGAAAAACAUGCUUUUUUUUUUGCAAAACUAUUUUGUAAAUGUGGGCUACUGUGAACAAGUUUUUCUCUUGAAGUUGUACGAGUUUCACUAGAAAAAUGGCUCAAAAAUGGAAUGCCUUAGGAAGACUUUGACUGAAUGAAAGUGCAUUAUUUUAUACUUUUGGGUCCUUUUUAAUGCUUCAAAGUGAGUCACUAUCCACUGUCAUUAUGUUGAAAUGAUGGCCUGCGAUAUUCAUUAAUCAUCUUUUGUGUUCCGCAUUAGAUCGUCAAAUGGGUUUGAAAGGAUAUGAGAGCGAGUAAAUGAUGUCAGAACUGUAAUUUUUGGGUGAACUUUUCAUUUUGAUUCCUUUUUUAAUAAAAGGUACACCUCUGACAUUAGACUAGUAGUGUUAACUAAUUGUUCCCACAGAUUUAAAAUCCAAGUAUAUAUUUCCCAUCCAUCUGAAUGAGCUUAUUUUGUCAUACCAGCACUUGAGUGCACUUCGAAUAUCCCACAAAUCAGUUCAAUCCUGAAAUGUUAUACAAAAGCGGUCAAUUUUUCUGGUCAAUUCUUUGUAUUUACAAAUGCCAAGUAAAGUUUUACUCAUGUGUCCUUUUCAACUUAAAUUUGGUUAUUUGAAUCUACAGAAGGACUAAAGGAGUACCCCCCCCGCCCCCCACCACCACCACCACCAAGUGAAACCAAAGGAUACAUAACUUGUAUAAACAGAAACUAUUGCCUCUUAUGUUUGCUAUAAGAUAAAAUGUAUAAGUAUUUUCCCUCAAACCCUAGUCUUGAUACAAUAUGCACCACUAUGAACUUUAAUAUAGUUGACACAUGCAUAUCAUUAUGAAGAAGAGCAUUCAGAAAAUCACUAUUCCUAAGUGUUGGUUAAUAUGUGUUGACGCUACUUGGUUGCAUCCAAUGCAUUCAUCGUAUCUUGUUUACUUCUUUUUCAAGGUGAAGAUUUUCCUUGUAUUAGUUACACCCUUGAGACUGUUUCAUUCUCUUCCUUCAGUAUAAUAUCUCAGUCAGGGAAAGUCCUGGUGAAUGGCUACAAAAGAUGUCUGUCUUUUCAUUUUGUGCUUCCUAACCCUUGUGUCUGCUGAGAAAUUGAUGCAUUGGGAAAUUGAGCUAAAUACAAACUAUAUCAUGUGUCUAAUCCUCAGCCUUCUACUUUUUUGUCAACUGUUCAAAUAAAAACUAAAUAAAUUGUGGCCGAGUUAUUUCUAUAGCCGAUCAGGAGGCUUACAAAUGAGGCUGUGCAAACAUUACCCCCUCUCUUAAGGAAUGUGCUGCGUAACCUUGAGCAAACAUUAAAUAAAAGGAAAGCGAUCUUCUCAAUACCCCAUUAGCAUGUAUUGUAGACUAACCAGAUGAGUUGUAUUUUAAAAUAGUAUAUUUUUUUAUUUAUUUUUUUAACUCGUGCUUACAUUCUCAUUCUGACCAACUUGCAUGCACUUGUGGCUCAAUUGGCUGCCUGCUAGUCCAGUGUGCAGUUUUUGGUUGGGUGACUUCUCUGUUACUUUCUCAUUGAGGCUCCAGGAACGUGGGUAUGGUCA